CCGUGCCUGGAAGUGUGAGGAGUCCGCAGCGCCCUCGUCUGGCUCCCCUGUUGCACGGACGAGGAAGGUGGCUUUCAACUCACCUGCUCCUAAUGAAUUAGGCAUUUCAGCGAACUUCAGCAGACUUUUGGGGUCAGCCGGUCUGGAGUCGGCAGCGGUGAGUGCCCUUUUGCCCUGAGGUGAUGUAAGAAGCUGUACAUCGAGUGAACAGAGGGACGUGCAGUCUGUGCAGCUGUCAUAGCCAUAAAUGGAAAAGCCAGGAAGAUAGCGAGUGACCUACCAUCCACCACUGUCAACAUGGGACUGGAGGAAAACAAGGAUCAAAUGGCAGAGGAGAGCUGGAGUGAUGGAACAUGUGGAUGUCCUCAAGUGAAGGGAGGAAAAAGACCAGAUGGGGCCAAAUGGCCUGGCGGACACGAGCUGUCUCGUUUCAUGGGCCGUCUCCUUCGAGGAUGAGGCCAAUGGAGGUGUGGUCGUCAGAGAACCGGAUGGAACUAGACAAUGGAGCUGGAUGCGGAUCACCCACAGAGAGUCCCUGGGGCGGAACAGGGAGGUGUCCCGAUCCCCCAAGUCAAGCUGAAAGAGAGACAGAAGUUCUUUGAGGAGGCCUUCCAGCAAGACAUGGAGCAGUACCUGUCUACUGGCUACCUGCAGAUCGCCGAGAGGAGAGAGCCAAUAGGAAGCAUGUCAUCCAUGGAGGUGAACGUUGACAUGCUGGAGCAGAUGGAUCUGAUGGACAUGUCUGAUCAUGAGGCCCUGGAUGUGUUUCUGCACUCUGGGGGAGAGGACAACAGCGCUGCUUCACCUGUCACAGGUCCUGAUGUUGAGUCCUUCACCACAGAGAUCAGUCUCCAGGUUCCCACCCAGGCUGAGCUACGCCACAAGCUUUCUUCCCUUUCAUCCACCUGCACUGACUCAGCCAGCCAGGACACAGAGGCCGGGGAGGAGGAGGAGGACGAAGACGAGGAGGAGACUGAACAAGGAGGAGGCGGCGGCGUCGGAGGAUCAGGGGGUGGAGGGAGGAGGAGAAGGCCGCCGGUGGUGGUGACCCUGGAUGAGGAGGAGGUGCUCCCUGACACAGCGCUGGUGGACAGGGUGGACCAAGAGGACCAGACCAGCAAAGACUGUGAGGAGACCAGGCAGAAGGUUUGAGGAGAGUUGGACUGGAUUUAAACACAAACACAAACACACAAACACACAGAGCUGCCAAAUCAAACUUGGAUACAUAACAAUAUUGGCUCUCUUCUCCAAUUCCUUUCAUAUUGAAGAAAAACAUAUGAAAGAAAAUACAUUGAGGUUGCACUAACUGCCACAUGACCUUGCCUUAAAAAACCACUGCGCUUUCAAUUCUAAUUGAAUCCUGUAAAAUAGGUUUGAGUUCCCUUUAGCAUAAUAGGAUUGAAUGACUUAACAUGCACAAUAAUAGUCUGGCAUUAUUCUGAGAAUGCUCUAAUAUUCUGUUUCUGUGUUUGUGCAUGUUGAGACAAGGAGAGGCCUGUUAAUUGAUAAGUGAUAGAGACAUUAAAAAAAAGUAUACACUAAAAUCAUCCAUAGAGACGACGUCCUGUCAUGCUCUGUGCUAAUACUUCAGCAUUUACUGUGCUGUUGUGCAUUUUUAUAUGUGAUGGACAAUGGUGAAACUUCUGCUGAAUAUAAAUAUAUGACGGUUUUUUGAACUACCAAAUCCUUGACAAAAUUAAGAGGCUAUCAUCAGCUCUGCCAGGAGUAUGACAUUUUAUUUUUAAAACUUACUACACGUAACAAAAGUAAAAUAAGUUUAUAAGCACUAAAAGUAUGUCUUAUUUUAACUUACUUAAUGUUGUAAGUCUGCCAUCACUUAAAGGGUCCAAUUACAAAGUUUUCUCACUUACCUCUAGUCCAGGCAGAUAGUUGCCCAGGUUUUGACAUAUCCAUGUGUGAUAACAUCCUGGUUAUGCCAAAUAAUACACAGAACUUUUUUUUUUUGUUAUUAUUAUUUCAAAGUCUGGGCUGAUUAGAUUUUAUUUUCAUAAUUUGAGUGAAUUGACCCUUUAAUACAGUAACUGCUGAAAAGUUAACACAAGGCACUUGACAAAUUAUCUGCAGGGGUCACAUGGAUGAAUUUUUUAUGAUGUUAUAGAUAAGCUGAAUCCCCAAAGCUUCUUGCUCUCCUUUAACUGGUUUAUAAGCAAGAUUCUGCAAUAUUUCAAAUAUAUAAUACCAAUUAGAUAAUACUUUUGUGCCACUGGCUUUGAUAAAACAUGGCAUGCAGUCACUUGGCAGUGGGUUAUAUACCACACCGUACUGUAUGGCUGACAGAUUGGUGAAGUUCAGGUACCGUGACAUCAGUGAUUUAACACAAACACAUACAGGAGAGUUACCCUUUGCCAUUCCUUUGAACGUGGACCAAAAACAUGUUUGGACUGUGUGCUAUGCACUGGACAACAUCCAGAAGGUUUAACUGUAUCUAAAUCUUUUUUUUUUUUUUUUUUUUUUUUUUUUUUUUUUUUGUACAGAAAUGUUGACAUUUGUGCAAUGUGACAGCAUUACUCCUUCCUUUAUUUUCCCUUGCCUACAAUUUCUGACUUGUUGGUAAUAAAUGUUUCUCCCCCAGCAUUGUUUAAUUUUCAUCUAAGCAUUUCAGGGACAAGUUAAAGAAUGAACUAUGAACAGGAUUUAGGGUUUGAGCAUGUUAACAGUCCCUGUGCGCUCACUCUUGAUUUACAGUCUUGCCUGAGCUCUUUACAAAUGGAAAGCUGACACGGCAAGGGAACGGAUAGAUGGAUAGCGUAUUCAGCUGGAAUGACGAGUGGUUUGGAAAUACAGCAGUUUUCUCUUGGGGGAGAAUAUUUUACCAUGUAUAUAUUCAUUAUUGCCAGUAAAUGUUUUUUAAACUGAAAAAUAAGGAAAAGCAAUAUUAGUGUUAUGCUGAGAGUAAAUGGCAUUUGAAGGCUUGGAGUGGACGUGUCACUUCAUUGUGAAUAGUAAACAGUUGGUGUUAAUGUGUGACAUUCAA